AUGGCUGACUGGGUAGCUGCAUUCGCAAUCGAGCUCAUCUCUCACAACCAAGGCAAUUCAUUCACUCGUGUAGUUGAAGUAGAUAAAGCACUUCAGGUAUUUUGGGCCUCAUUUCUUUUGUUACAUCUUGGUGGUCCGGACACCAUCACUGCCUUCUCUUUGGAGGAUAGUUCACUUUGGCGACGGCAUCUGCUUAGUCUCAUCUUCCAAAUCAGUGCCGCCAUCUAUGUCUUUGCGCAUAUAUUUCCUAACGACAAGUCACUAAUGAUCCCAACGAUGCUAGUGUUUUCUUCCGGGAUCAUAAAAAAUUUGGAGAGGAUAUUAGCACUCAAUCUCUCAAGCCUACCAAGGCUUAGGGAAUGGGUGCAGGAGUUUCCUAAUGUUGACCAGAAUAAGUUGGCUGAAGAACUCGAUGUUCUAGGGGAUGGAUAUUCUGAUGAAGAAGAACCAAGGCUUGCCGAGAGUAUUGUGGUGAAGCAUGCUUAUUUCUUCUUUCAAAUUUUUAAGGUCUUCCUCAGAGAUCUCAUAUUCACUCAUAGAGAACGCAAAUUCAGCCGUGAAUAUUUCAACAAAGUUUCUGCAAUGGACGCGUUGAGGGUGAUAUCAGUGGAACUCCAUUUCAUGUAUGAGGUGCUCCACACAAAAGCAUUGGCAAUACGUUACAAGUGGAACUACAUUUUUCGUUUCAUAGCCAUCAUUGACGUUGUGGUGGCUUUUGUUUUGUUUAAUCGCUUGAAGAAGCAUCGGCUCCCAGAACUUGAUUUGAAAAUUACUUAUUCCCUUCUUUUCGGAGGGAUUUUUCUUGAUGUGGUUGCUCUGUUUAUGCUCGUUUUCUCUGAUUGGACUAUUGCUAGAAUCAAGUGGUAUGACACGGGAUCAUUUAAACCAAAUUCAUUUCUCCAUGAUUGGGUAUCUGCCUUAUAUGACUUGAGGAAGCCCCAAUUCAUUCCAUUAGAAUCAAAGUCUAAUGUCGAUGUUACUUACAUGGCCUUAGAUACACCAUUAAUAUUUCGAAGGUGGUCAGAAUCCAUAUUUGCUUGCAACAUUUUAUCAGAGAAAUUGGAGGAGAGUCCAAGAAAGAUGUACAAGUGCAAUCGGCACUGGGUCAUCAUUGCUUUUUCUAAUAUCUACAAUUUUCCAUUCCGUAUGGCUAAGAAGAUCAUUUCUUCUUUUCAUCAAGCUAGUGAGACAAUCAUCGGAGGUUGUGGUUCGGGGUUUCAUAUGUAUGGAUACAUACCAAUGAUUGCAAAUACAAAGUAUGUGUCAAAGAAUCCCUUUGUUAAGAAAUUAUGGAUCUUUAUUUUUAAGGAGGUGAGACGUAAGUCCAAAAAUGCGGAUGAUCAGAUAGAAGUGAUGAAGAUAUUUGAAGCUAAAGGUGAUCUAUUUCUUAAUAGUAGCUUGUGGGAGAAUAAUUGUGGCAAUCUUUCAGUGUAUGUCACCAAGAUCAAUUACGAUGCCAGUAUUAUACUGUGGCAUCUUGCUACUGAAAUCUGGUACAAUAGAGAGAAAUCCACAACCAGAAAUGAUGAAAGGGAAUAUAGUAAGAUCCUCUCCAACUACAUGUUGUAUCUUGUACUUAAUCAGCCUAAUGUGGUGUCCACUGUGGCGGGCAAUGCCCAAAUGAUAUUGGCAGAGACGUUGCGCGUGCUAAGAAAGUGCCCCAGUCUUGCAACCAAGGAUGUGGAGGGGCUAUGCAACGCAUUGUAA